GUUAAAGUAAAAUUUUAUUGCUGGAAAUAGUUUGCAAUCUAUGGUGCUCUUACAUAUGUUAUAACAAGGAAAAUGUCAGAAACUUACGAUUUUCUCUUUAAAUUUCUUGUCAUUGGGAGUGCUGGUACUGGAAAAUCAUGUCUGCUGCAUCAGUUUAUUGAAAGCAAAUUCAAAGCGGAUUCCAACCAUACUAUUGGAGUAGAAUUUGGGUCAAAAGUUGUGAAUAUUGGAGGAAAAUCUGUUAAGCUUCAAAUCUGGGACACUGCUGGACAAGAAAGAUUCAGAUCUGUUACCAGGAGUUACUACAGAGGGGCUGCGGGUGCCUUACUUGUAUAUGAUAUCACUAGCCGCGAGUCUUACAAUUCGCUGUCCAACUGGCUUGUUGAUGCUAGAACACUUGCAAGUCCGAAUAUUGCUGUUCUCCUUGUGGGUAACAAAAAGGAUUUGGAAGAAGAUAGAGAAGUGACAUUUUUAGAAGCAAGCAGAUUUGCCCAAGAAAAUGAGCUGAUGUUUCUGGAAACUAGCGCUCUAACUGGUGAGAAUGUAGAAGAGGCAUUUUUGAAGUGUUCUAAGACCAUUUUGGCUAAGAUUGAAGCUGGUGAGCUUGAUCCUGAAAGAAUAGGGUCUGGUAUUCAGUAUGGUGAUGCAUCUCUGCGCAGGCUUACCCGUCACCAACAGCGGCAGCAGAGGUCUUUGGAUUGUGCCUGUUGAAGCAGUAUAAAAAGAAAUUUUUUCUAUGAGAGCUAAAUGCAGCAUUGCUAAUGCAUCUUGGCUCCAAAGAAGUUUAUUUUCUCAUUUGUACAUUUUAGUCAAUAUGUUCUCGUAACGUGUUGUCGAGUAGGAUGCUACGUUUCUUGCUCGAAGAUGUGAGUGUACAUUUUUGUUAUUGUUAUGAAAUUUUUAAUUUACUGGUUGUGAAUAAUUGUUUGUAAUGAAGAUAUAUCUGGAAAAAUAUAUGAAGUUUUAGUAUAUACUUGUUCAUUUUAUCGUUGUUUUAUAUUUAGCCAAGUUUGUCUUAUAAAUAAUGUAUUAUAUAUAUAUAGAUAAUGUAUUUAUACAUUUGAAUUUGUUUGAAAUAUCAAUGGAGUAUAUGUUUGUAUUCAAAUGUUUAAAAUAUAAACUGGUAACUUCUUAUGUGAGUCUUAAAACAGUUUUAUUUAGAACUGUAUUAUUUCAUUUAUGCUUUUGGUUUAUAAUGAUUCCAUACCCUCCAAUAUUUAAUGUAUGUUUUUAAAUCUUAAGUAUUUCAACAUGUAUUAUUUAUGUGCAUAGUGGGGUCAAGCAUUUUCACAUGCAUUUAUCAUGUACUUUACAAGUGUUAACUUUUAUGCCAAAUUUUAAGGAAUGUGUAAUUAUCGUAUGGACUUUGUCAUAUUUUAAAUUAAGAAGCAUAUCUUUGGUUCAAAUUCUCAAUUGUUUGUUUCUUAAUUUAUGAUACACCUUGUGUAUAUCAGUAUUUAUGAGUUGGGUGCUUUAUUUCUGUACAUAAUGAGCAAAUAAAAUUAUUAACAUUUCUUUUGAUGCUUUUAG